GACUGUCGAGAGCUGGACAACCACGAAAAUGAAGAUCAAGGCCCUCAGCCGGUCCACGGCCUCUACACAGGCACCCGGCUCCAAUGUCGCCAAAGUCACGAGGAAUCUGGACCCCAACCUCCAUCCGUUCGAACGCGCGCGCGAAUACACCAGAGCCCUGAAUGCGACAAAAGUUGAGCGCAUGUUUGCGCAGCCCUUCCUUGGCGAUUUCGAGCCUGGCCAUGUAGACGGCGUGUACUCGUUCGCAAAAGACCCCAAUUCGCUCGAGCACUUUGCCAGUGGAAGUGGAGACGGCAUCGUCAAAGUCUGGGACUUUACAAGCAGGGAGGAGAAAUGGCAGGCGCAGGCGCAUGAAAACCUGGUCAAGGGCAUGUGCUGGACGCGAGACAAGAAACUGAUAACGUGCGGAUCAGACCGCCAGAUCCAGCUGUUCGAACCAUAUGCACAGCCAUCCAAAUCGCCGCCGAAAGCGACAUGGCACGGCAACUCGGCCUUCACAUCCGUCUCGCACCACCGCUCGCUGCCUACCUUCGCUGCUGGAUCUAGUGUCAUUUCUAUAUACGAUACAUCAAGGACGUCCGGAGCUCCUGUCUCAAGCCUCGUGUGGCCAUCGGCCAUUGAUACCAUCACCGACGUCAAGUUCAACCAGGUCGAAACAUCGAUACUGGCAUCGUGCGCAACUGAUCGCGCUGUCAUUCUUUACGACGCCCGAACGAAUUCUCCUCUACACCGCACUGUGCUCAACUUCCCAGCAAAUUGCAUCUCCUGGAAUCCUAUGGAGGCCUACAACUUCGCUGUCGCGUCCGAAGACCACAACGGAUACAUCUUCGAUAUGCGCAACAUGAAACGGGCACUGCAAGUAUUGAAAGGACAUGUUGCGGCAGUCAUGUCGAUUGAGUUCUCUCCCACUGGAGAAGAGCUCAUCACGGGCUCUUACGACCGAUCCGUAAGACUCUGGGAGCGACAAAAGGGCCAUUCCCGGGAUGUCUACCACACCAAGCGGAUGCAGCGCGUCUUCUCCGUCGCGUGGAGUCCCGACAACAACUACGUACUAAGCGGCUCAGACGACGGUAACGUCCGUUUGUGGAGAGCGAGAGCUUCCGAGAGACAGGGCGUCAAGUCAUUCGCUCUACGACAGAAGCUCGAGUAUGACGCAGCGCUCAAGGAGCGAUACAAGCAUAUGCCAGAGAUUAAGCGUAUCGAGAGACAUAGACAUCUGCCCAAGACUGUCAAGAAGGCUGGCGAGAUCAAGAAUGAGGAGCUGAAGGCCCUCAAGAGGAAGGAAGAGAACGAGAGAAGGCACACAAAGAAGGGCACAGUCCGAAGGAAGGCAGAGCGUGAGAAGAUGAUCUUGGCAAGAGAGCAAUGAUGUGUCAAAAGGAGGAGGUUAGUAUAUUUUCUGCAUAGCGAUGGCGUUCUUGGUAUUCAAGUUGAGGACCUGGUAUACCGCACGGCACACCUGAGGGUGUAUAUGGUAGUUCGAAAGAUACGAGGCAUGCCGACUCUGUCAGGUUGUCUCUCCAAGAACAAUUAUUUGCU